AUGGAAAGAAUAGAAGAUCAAGUAAGAGAGGAAGAUGCAUUUGAAAUUCGUGGAGAUAUUUUAGAAGUUAUACUCUCGCACGUGCCACUCAUUCACUUGGUGUCUGCCUCACGCGUGUGUAAGUCAUGGUGUUGCGCGGUGGCAUCCUCCCUUUGCCACCACAAAAGACCUAAACCGUGGCUCAUCCUUCACAAGCAAGACACUCACGACCCUCGUACCAUCUCCAUGCAUGCAUACGACCCUCGUUCACAUUUAUGGAUGAAAAUGCUCAAGCAUUCGAUCAAAUGCACGUCAAAUCUUAAAUCAUCCCACUCCAAUUUUCUUUAUGUGUUUUCCUCUUUGGAAUUGUCCUUCUCGUUCGACCCUAUAAAUCUCACAUGGAGUCACGCGUACCCUCCAUUUGGAUCGAGGAGGGAUCCAAUUGUGGCACAUGUUGGAGACAGUAUUGUUGUUGCAGGAGGCGAAUAUGACUACGAGAGCGAUCCAUCAAUUGUUGAGAUCUACAACAUUAGGACACGCGCAUGGCAGAUUUGCGACAACAUGCCAAGGAAUUUGAUAGGCUUGUCAGCGUCUAAUUUUCUAUCAAUUGCUACCACAAAUAAAAAACUCUUUGUCACAAUGAAACAAUCAGGUAUGACUUAUUGGUUCGAUCCAAAAUCAAAAUGUUGGAUCGGUCCCUACACUUUGAAUCCUGGGCAACCCAUUGUAGACUAUAAUAUUGGGACUUCUAAUUGCGAUUUGAUUUUGGUGGGUUUGUUUAGAAGUUCUCAAAAUGCCGAGCGAUUGAAAAUUUGGAAGGUUGUAGGAGAAAAUUUUCAGUGUGAAGAAAUUGGUGAAAUGCCUUGCCUAUACAUUGAGAAAUUGAAGAGCAAGAGUUCUGAAAUUUCUUCAUUAAAUACAUGUGUAAUCGGAAAUCUUGUUUACAUUUACAAUCCAUUGGAGAUGGAUGAGGUAGUGGCGUGUGAGUUAAUAACUGAUGGUAGCUGUAGAUGGUGGAGUAUACAGAAUGUGGUGGGAAGUGAUGCAAUAAUGAACAAGGUUGUAUUUACAUGUUCUGAAGUUGGGUUUGAGGACUUGCAACGAGUUAUGAGGUUAGAGAAUAAAAAAUUGUUGGUGGAAUCGUGA